GUCUGGUCACCCUAAACUAUACCAUCCUUACUGAUUUUUUUAUUUUUAUUGCCUACUGCCAUAUUCGGUAAAACUGUUGUUGCCAGUGGGACGUUCUGGCGUUCUUUUAGCGACGGUCCUCGACCUGGCCUUAAAUACUUUUGAGGAGAUAUGCAAUGCCAUUGGAAUCGUAUUAACGCCCAAUUGUCAAAUGCUAACUAUAUAUAAUACGCAGGUAGUAUGAAUUCAUCUGAUUUUACACUAAGACGUGUCUUGUUAUAUAUAUUCGUGUUAUGUCUGUAUCGCAAAAAUCGAUCUAGCGUGUGUAAACAAUAACAAACGAAUACUGCGAGCUGAUUGGCUGCCCGUCCUGAACUCAGCAUGGUCGAAGGUCAGAGUAUGAUAUUUCGCAGUAAAUUUAAACAUGGAGUCCAUCUUUCAUGAAAAACAAGAGGGCUCCCUGUGUGCUCAGCAUUGCCUUAACAACCUUCUGCAAGGCGAGUAUUUUACCCCCGUUGACCUAUCGUCCAUUGCCCAUCAACUGGAUGAGGAGGAAAGGAUGAGGAUGGCCGAGGGUGGUAUAGGUAGUGAGGAGUACAUAACGUUUUUACAGCAACCAUCUGGUAACAUGGAUGACAGUGGUUUCUUUUCUAUACAAGUUAUCAGCAAUGCGUUAUCAGUGUGGGGUUUGGAGCUGACCCUCUUCAACAGUCGAGAGUACCAGAGGCUUAUGAUAACCCCAAUAAAUGAAAAGGCAUUUAUAUGCAACUACAAGGAGCACUGGUUUACAAUACGAAAACUUGGGCAACAGUGGUUUAAUCUGAAUUCAUUAUUGACUGGACCAGAGCUGAUAUCAGACACAUACCUAGCCCUCUUCCUUGCACAGUUACAGCAAGAAGGGUAUUCCAUAUUUGUGAUCCGAGGAAAUCUCCCAGGGUGUGACGCAGAGCAGAUACUGGGGAUCAUGAAGGUGCAGCAGCAAGAGAGACCAAAGCUGAUUGGAGAGAACGAGGCUCAGUCGAGUAGUGGCAUGGGCAGAUCAUCAGGGCAGGGUAGUGUGCUGGAGACAGGCCCUGGCGUAGAAGAGAGGGUGGUGGAUGAGGAUGAGCUGAGGAAGGCCCUGGCCCUGAGUACACAGGACAUGGAGGUGGAGGAUGAAGAGGCUAACCUUCGCAGGGCCAUACAGCUCAGCAUGCAGGGUAAGGCUAUAUUGGGGCCAGUAAUGAGCGAUAAGUCAAUGUCGAAAAGGGGGCUUGUUGCCAAGACAACAUCGUCAGACCAUGCACCAGGGAGUAUUACAGGGGGAGCACCUCAGAGUGAGAAACUCUCAGCCGAGGAACUGCGAAGGAGGAGACAAGCCUACUUUGACAGACAGUUCCAACAGCUGGCUCAGCCCACUUCACCUAAACAAUCUACAGAAAGCACAGAAUCUGGGAAGAGUGGCACAAAGGAGGAUGCACAAGCCAAACGCAGCCAGUAAGGUGGAGGGAGGUCCAGCAGAAGCCUACGUUGACUACUACCUGCCUUGGCUGGUACCCCCAUCACGGGGAAACCUCAUCCCCUCCUCUAACUCUUCCCAUGAGCUAACAUUAUGGCCGGCCAGAAGGUUGACACGGCUCUCUUGGCUAGUUUGCUGACAGGUUCUAGAGAAGAAAAUAACAACAAUUAAAAAAGCACUAGUCUCAUCUAACACAAGUGACGCUGAGGCCGGGAAGAGGGACGAUGCAGUUAUUUGAAGCCUGUGAUGGCCUUUCUACCACAGCGCCUUCUUUGUCUAAUUUGUGUGUGUUUUUUUUUUCCUACGCAUGUUAUUUUCCUCUGGGAGGGGUCUUAAUGGAGCCUACUUUGCCGAGGUGUGUGUGGUAGAUGGGCACAAUGGUGAGGUGUGUUACAGACAGGAAACCAGGAAUUACCUAGGCUAAUCCUCUAGCCUUCAGUAUGGGAGUGCUACAUGGGACCACUGGUUUGAUAAUGACCAUCAUAGUCUCUUGUCUUCUUUCACUUGGGUCUUGUAAGAGAUCACCAUUUCCCUAAAAAAAAAAAAAAUAAUAGAUUGGUAUCCAGUAGUGAGGUGAAUUCAUUAUUAGCUGUAUUAGUGCAUCAUGAAAAGAAACAUGUUAUAUAAACAGCAUUAUGUAGUGUGGGUUAUUUUAAAGGGCUGACCUGAUUUGCCACAGCUAUUUUAUUAAGCACCCAGGCCACCACCAUGGUUCACAAACUGAUUUGGUUUUUUGAAGUAGUAUAGAUAAACACUUUUAGUAAAAUGAUCAAUCUCGCUAACAAUUAUUGUGUUUACAUGGAAUUGUCCAGUUCGGAUGUGCCAGUUCAAAGCAUGUAUUACACAUCCCCCCCAUAUUAAAAUACAACUACAGUACAGUAAUAUCCCAUGUAAAGUUUGAGAUGUGCUCAAAGUUGACUUCUCUGCUAAUUCCUUGAUUUCAAUCUAUUCUUGAAAUUGUUCUCGUAUUUAUUAGAGAACAACAUUUUUACUACAGUUGUGAUGACCCAAUGCUUUGUUUUUUAUGAUUGCAUAAUUUUCACUUCUUGACAUUCUUCAAUAGGCACUAAACAAUCAAAUGUUUGUUAUACUCCACAACACCAUGUUAUUAGAUCAUGCUCAUUCCUUUGCUGUACCUAAAACUUUUCUUUGCAGGAAUAAAAUAAUAUUUGCUCCUA